AUGUACGUGCUAAUAGAACGUCUCAAUAUGCAUGUUGUGGGCGCGCGAACCUCUUCUGCAUUAUGCACGUCGCACGCGUCUUUUCACGUCCCUCAGACUCUACGACGUUUUCUUUUCUCUUCAAAUCAGAUGUCACAAGAUCCCACAGGCACCAAAAGGGUUUGGCUGGCCAGUCAGGAGGGGGCACAUUCGCUUCCAGUGGCCUCUCAAGGUUUAAGCUCGCAAGUCGAACUCACUGCAUCUCAGCAACAGCUCCUCAAAAAGGUCAAGAGACCAAAUGGCACAGAAGAGCCGCUGGUUUUCGAAAAAGAGCUUCUUGAUAUGACGCAAGAAGCACAGGGUAUUCAGGAGAGCCGCCAAGUAUGGACAAGACCGCCGCUACCCGCAGAUUACACAGAGAAGGAUAUAUCCUUUCAGCAGUUGGAUGCAGAGGAGGCAAAUAACGGUGAUUCGACUGCAGCCCGCUUUUUCGGUGUGACAGAAGAAGGCCACUCAGUAUUAUGCAAUGUGACAGGCUUUUUGCAUUAUUUUUACGUUCCUGUGCCCAAAGGAUUCAUGAGAGAUAGCCAUUUGGCACGUUUUACAAGUCAUAUGAAAGAAAACUAUUAUGGCAUCCACGACAUCGAAAUUGUUUUGAAGGAGUCGAUCUGGGGUUUUAAUAAUAACAUGAAAACACCGUUUUUUAAGGUUGUGGUUAAAAAUGCUAGGGAAAUCACCAAGAUCAGAGGUGCUUUUGAACGAGGCGAGAUAAGCUUUGAGAAUUUCUUCCCUCAGAAUAAUGUCACAUACGACAACAUCAAUUACUUGCUUCGAAUGAUGAUUGAUUGCAAAAUCACAGGUAUGUCAUGGAUCACUCUUCCCAAAGGCGCUUACACACUUGUUGCUCCCGAGCUAAAGGUAUCAACAUGCCAGGUGGAAUGUUCGAUAGAUUACAAAGACUUGGUUUCUCAUGCUCCCGAGGGCGAAUGGCUCAAGAUGGCUCCUUUGCGUAUAAUGUCAUUCGACAUAGAAUGUGCUGGUCGAAAAGGUGUAUUUCCAGAAGCACAACUUGACCCUGUGAUUCAGAUUGCGAAUGUGAUUCUGAAGCAUGGUGAAUCACGCCCAUUUGUUAGAAAUGUCUUCACAGUGAAUACCUGUUCACCAAUUAUCGGUUCUGAGAUUUUUUCUCAUGCGAAAGAAGAAGAUAUGCUCAUGGCUUGGAGAAAAUUCGUGGUGAAAGCCGACCCAGAUGUGCUUAUUGGAUACAAUACUUCAAAUUUUGAUCUUCCGUAUCUUUUGGAUAGAGCUAAGGCUCUUGGCCUUCCUAAGUUUCCAUAUUUUGGAAGAAUGUUCAAUAUCAAACAAGAGGCGAAAGACGCAGUGUUCAGCUCUCGUGCAUACGGUACUAGAGAAAAUAAAGUUGUCAACAUCGACGGAAGAAUGCAAUUGGAUCUUUUGCAAUUUAUUCAAAGAGAAUAUAAAUUGAGAUCCUAUACAUUGAACUCUGUUUCGGCUCAUUUCUUAGGUGAGCAGAAAGAAGAUGUGCAACAUUCGAUCAUUACAGAUUUACAGGAAGGUACUGCGGAAACUAGAAGACGCUUAGCUGUCUACUGUUUAAAAGAUGCGUAUUUGCCGUUAAGAUUACUAGAGAAAUUGAUGUGUUUGGUCAACUAUACCGAAAUGGCCAGAGUCACAGGAGUUCCUUUCUCCUAUCUUCUAGCAAGAGGCCAGCAGAUCAAGGUCAUCUCUCAGUUGUUCAGAAAGUGUUUGGAGGAAAAUAUUGUUGUUCCCAACAUGAGAAGUGAGGGAUCGAACGAAGAAUAUGAAGGUGCUACCGUCAUUGAACCCAUAAGAGGAUACUAUGAUGUGCCGAUCGCAACUUUGGAUUUCAGCUCUUUGUAUCCGUCCAUCAUGAUGGCUCACAACUUGUGUUAUACAACGUUGCUUAACAAGCAGUCUAUAAAAGCGUUCCAGUUUGACAGAGGAUGA